AUGGUGGAAGAUGGGGGAGGGUUUGUGGCUACGGGGCUUGUCGACCAUGAUCCGAGAGGAACAGGGGCAUUUUGGCUGUCCGAUGUUAACUGCGCAGGCACGGAGGCGGCCUUGUACAACUGCUCAUCCGGAGGUUGGGACACCAUCAGCUCUGUAUGUGGCAACAAUAACUAUGACGACGCUGGGGUCAUCUGUAAAGCACAGGGCGAUGGGGAAUUGCGACUUGUUAACACAUCAAAUGCAUACGAAGGUAGCUUGGAAAUACAAUAUGGUGGAAGAUGGGGGAGGGUUUGUGGCUACGGGUGGGAUCUUACAAGUGCCAACGUAGCGUGCAAGCAGCUUGGUUUUACCGGAGCCCAUACGCCGAUAUCAAAUAUGUCAACGAGGGGAACAGGGCGAUACUGGAUUCAGAAUUUGAAUUGUCAGGGAUCCGAGGCGUCCCUGUCAGAUUGCUACCAUGACGGCGUUGGAGGAAUAAGCUCACAGUAUUGUGACGAGACCUUAUCACAUGAUGCUGGCGUUCUGUGUAGAGGGCCCAAUGACGGAGAUGUCAGAUUGGUUGGUCCCACCCAAUACAUGGGUCGAGUUGAGAUCUUCUACGCAGGAAACUGGGGGAGAGUGUGUACUAACGGGUGGUCGCUGAGUGACGCCGUAGUGACCUGCAGACAGCUUGGUUUUAGUGGAGCAGUCGGAUCCUUCACAAGUUUGACACCGAGGGGAACUUCGAGGGUGCUUCUAGGUAGCUUGGAAAUACAAUAUGGUGGAAGAUGGGGGAGGGUUUGUGGCUACGGGUGGGAUCUUACAAGUGCCAACGUAGCGUGCAAGCAGCUUGGUUUUACCGGAGCCCAUACACCGAUAUCAAAUAUGUCAACGAGGGGAACAGGGCGAUACUGGAUUCAGAAUUUGAAUUGUCAGGGAUCCGAGGCGUCCCUGUCAGAUUGCUACCAUGACGGCGUUGGAGGAAUAAGCUCACAGUAUUGUGACGAGACCUUAUCACAUGAUGCUGGCGUUCUGUGUAGAGGGCCCAAUGACGGAGAUGUCAGAUUGGUUGGUCCCACCCAAUAUAUGGGUCGAGUUGAGAUCUUCUACGCAGGAAACUGGGGGAGAGUGUGUACUAACGGGUGGUCGCUGAGUGACGCCGUAGUGACCUGCAGACAGCUUGGUUUUAGUGGAGCAGUCGGAUCCUUCACAAGUUUGACACCGAGGGGAACUUCGAGGACCAAUUGA